AUGGCUAAUUUUGAGUGUUUUGUUCAACAAUAUCCUUUGAUAUUUAAUAACAGUGACAUACCUGACUCAUGGAAACCUCUACUGGGAAGUGUCUUUUCUUGCAGUCAGUGCCCAACUGUUUUUGAUCAGAUGCUACUUGGUAACCCACUAGAUAACAUAGCACUCGCUUUGAAAGACGAUUUUGAUUGGUUUCCAAAAAGUGAUACAUUAUGGUCAUUCACAAAACUUUGUAGACCUGAAGAUGUGAAAGUGGUUAUAGUUGGCCAGGAUCCAAGUGAUGCUAGUGCUACUGGACUGGCGUUUAGUAAAGAUGUUGGUGAGGGGAUUUAUCAAUCAACAGAAACUAUUUUAGAAGAAGUUAGAAAUGAUAUAGGUGAACACAACCUUAGACCUUUUCCAGAAGAUUAUGGAAAUCUGGACUACUGGGCUAAACAAGGAGUCCUUCUCUUAAAUUCAGCUCUAACAAAAUCUCCACAUAAGAGUCAUCUGGAAAUAGGAUGGAAAACAAUCGUAGCAGAAUUAAUUAAACAGUUGCAACAAAUAAAUAAAAAUAUAGUAUUUGUGUUUUGGGGAUGGCAUGCUAUGUUAUUAUCCCAUAAUGUUGAGUACGAUGACUGGAAUAAACUUGUCACCGGCCACCCAUCUAAAAAUAAUGAAAAGAACGAUUUUUUGGGCUGCAGACAUUUUUCAAAUGCUAAUAGACGGUUAAUAAAAUACGGUAUUGAACCUAUAGAUUGGUGUCCACUUCCCCCAAAAAAUAUUUCCUAA